AUCUUGUCAUUUCCAAGCAGCUAGUAGAAGGGAAGAGACGUGUUGUCCACGAAGCCAGAGGAUAUAGAGGUUAUUUCGCUAGAAACGAUUCGUUCUCCGUUCUUGAAAUUCGUGCGGCUGUGUCAUGUUAUCGUCCGUGGUGCUGUUGUUCGCUGUAGGUUCACGUUUUUAGCAGCGAAUGAGCUGCUCUGCACCUUCUUGAAGGUAUUUCUGCGGGUGAUCUGUCCGGGACUAGAGACGACAACAACAAAAAUGGCGAACGCCAACCAGCUCGAUAAUCUUAACAACCUGAACGAGAGGAAGAACUUCGUCUGUGGUGUCGUGGAAGGUUUUUAUGGCCGCCCAUGGACUCCAGAACAACGUAAAGAUCUUUUUGCCAAACAACAGAAAUGGGGUAUGAAUUGCUACUUGUAUGCUCCAAAAGAUGACUACAAGCACAGAGCUUACUGGCGGGAACUUUACACUGUUGAAGAAGCCGAGCAUUUAACGGCUUUGAUCACUGAAGCUCGUCAGCACAAUGUUACAUUUUACUAUGCCAUUUCCCCUGGUCUAGAUAUCACAUACUCCAGUCAAAAGGAAGUGGCAGCCUUGAAGAGAAAGUUAGAACAAGUCGCACAGUUGGGGUGCAAUGCUUUCGCUAUACUUUUUGAUGAUAUUGACCCAGAAAUGAGUGGUGCAGAUAAGGAAGUGUUCCAGACUUUUGCUCAUGCUCAAGUGUCAGUUACCAAUGAAGUCUUCACUCACCUAAGUCAGCCUAAGUUCAUGUUCUGUCCAACUCAGUAUUGUUCAACUCGGGCUGUACCUAAUGUUCAGACUUCUGAAUAUCUGAAUACCAUUGGAAAGAAACUAGCUCCUGAGAUUGACAUAAUGUGGACUGGACCUAAGGUUAUCAGUAAGGUUCUAUCAGUGGAGCAUGUGAGGGAGGUGACAGAAGUAAUGCGCAGACCUCCAGUUAUUUGGGACAAUCUUCAUGCCAAUGAUUAUGAUCAAGCACGCUUAUUCUUAGGCCCAUAUUGUGGUCGUUCUCCAGACCUAAUUCCUUUGCUCAGGGGAGUUGUUACAAAUCCUAACUGUGAGUAUGGGCCAAACUUCAUGGCAAUCCAUACUUUGGCACAGUGGUCCAAAUCAUCAACACUGACAAGUUGUGAUAAUAAUGAUGCUGUUAGCGCAGAUAUCAGGUUGGAGACGGAGGGUGAUGAUUCCAGUGAUGACUGCCCCACAGGCCUGUCUCCAAACGCGUAUCACCCAAGGAGAGCAAUGCGGAUAGCACUAAUGGAAUGGCUAACAGAGUUCAACCGUCCCAUUUCGGCCUUCGGAAGCAUUCAGCAGCCGCAGAUUCCCACACCAGUGCCUAUUUUACCCUCUGUUAACACUUGUAUGUCAGUAACAUCAACUACUCAGGCCGCACCAGGCCUUCCUCAGCCUAACAUCAACCAGUUAGCAGAGGUUGCUCAAGAAAUUACUUAUAACCCUGCCAUGAACCCAAUUAUGAAUUCCCUAGUCUCUGAAAACAAAGUAGUUGUAGAUACAAUUCCAGAAGAGACAGACACUGCAUCCACUGUGUCACAGGAUGCGUCCACAACUUCUGGUGUAGAGCCAAUGGAUUGCAAUCCAUCUCCUGCCACAUCACCUCCUCAUAAUGAGGAUAUGUUAAUUGAAAAUGGUGAAAGAAACAAAGUUUUAGACAGUGACAGUGAAGAAAGCACAACUCCUGUGAUUGACACAUUUGCUCCUGAAGUAGAUUCAGAUACAAAAACAAGUACAAAACCCUCUUUAACACUACCACUUGAUACUCCUUUGGAUAAUGAGGAGGAUAAUUUAACUGUAGAUGAUUUACAGUUGUUGGUCGACUUGUUUUAUCUUCCAUUUGAGCAUGGUAGACAAGGUGUAAAUAUUUUAAAUGAGUUCAACUGGCUCAAGAUGAACUCUCAUCUGGUGAUUGACAGUAAAAAGAAUGAAGACGAUACUGAGAAGCCUGAGGUGCAGGAAUGGUAUGACCGCGCCGCGAAGUUUAACGACAUUGCCAAAAGUGUGAAGAAAAUGUCAAAUAGACUAAACAAAGUGAAGAACCGCUCCCUUCUAUAUGAUAUCUAUCCAUACAUAUGGGAUAUGAAUGGAGUCGUCUCACUGAUUAACUCCUACAUCAAGUGGCUAGCGUUGGGCCAGGGGGCACCUCUGGUCAGCAACUACGUUCAUGGCAACUAUACCUGGUUCAGUAAGGGAUGGCGUGAAGCAUUUAUGUCUGGUGACCAGGAGCCGUGGGUCUUCCGGGGAGGAUUGACCGCCGAACUGCAAAGGCUAAUACCUGUAGAUGCAAGCAACGACUUGUUUGUAUACAAAACUCCCGAAGUACCUUUAAGUCGUACUUAUUGCAUUCGGCCUUAUGUACCUGAAGACCGUGCCAAAUUGUACAAUUUGAUUCUGCGCACCUCUGAUGACGGAAGAGAUGGCACUACGUUAUAUGCAGCACAUCCUGAUUUACCUGGUGACUUGGCCAUUGGCAGUUACUUGGAAUCUAUGAAGGAAGUAAUAGUCAUGGUGGUAGAAGAUGAAUGGGGAGAUUUAGUAGCUUAUGCGUCAGCUGCUGGCAACUCUAUUGCACAAACUGCACGCCAGUCUGCCUAUUUGUCACAAAUUAGAGAGAAAUAUCCAAAGGUUACCAGAGAAGAAGGCGUAAUGCUAACGCCGUGUGAGGAACUUUUAGCCACAUUGGCCCUUGAACCUCAGGCCCCUCCAGAAACACUGGUAGCAUCCCACCCAGCAACCAUAUCCAUAGCUAAUCUCGUUACAGUAACCGAUGAAAGUAUUACAAAAAGGUUGACAGCGUGUAUGCUGGCCUCCCUCAGAUCACAAGGUAAUUUCAGUGGUCAUGUUAGUGUUAGUGUUGGAGAGAAACAGACGCUGGAGCUCUACAGUCGCCUUGGAUUCUUGGAGGUCACAACCCAGAGUACAACACUUUACUUGGGGCGGUCUUUCUGACAUCCCUCUAGGACUGAGGCUCCUUAAAUCAACAGUGCAUAGAAUGUAAGCACAAGUACCAGGGACGUGUGCUGAAGCCAUUUGCCCACGAGUAGUGGUAAGAUGGUAAAUCGUGGCAGCAUAUGAUGCAGCCUACCUGUGUUCCAGAUCUCUAAUUUGUACGUGGAACUAGAGUAAAUGCCUCUAGUUCAGACUUCCAGUGAAAGAUAUGCCAAAUAUGUGGGUUGAAAGUUUAGAAGUGAAUUAAUGGGACUUCAGAGGUUGAAGUCUCUCUUCUUUUAAGCUGAUGCAGCUGUUUAUAUGUGAUAUUUUUAUAACAAACUGUUGGCAAUCGUGAUAAGAUGAUAUUUAAUCUUAAAUUUAUUCCUUUUCAUCACUUAUAUUUUUGCCCACAGCUUGUUCAUUUUUUUAGUCAUUGCACAGUAUAGAUAUAUACAAAGUUAUUGUAAAUAUAUAAAAAAUCUUUUUAUUAAUAAAAAGUAUUUAUAA